AUGGAGCCAUCUCGAGAGUUGGCCGAGCAGACGUGUGAGCAAGUAAAGAUGUUUAAGCGGUUUCUUAAAGACCCCUGUCCACGGGAACUGCUCAUAAUUGGAGGUGCCAAUAGUCAAAGACAAGUGGAGGAACUGGGGCGAGGUGUAGAUAUUGUGGUGGCUACUCCAGGUCGCCUAGAUGAUCUUAUUUCUACAGGAACUCUGCUACUGUCACAUUGCCGAUUUUUUAUCCUCGAUGAAUGUGAUGGUCUCCUUUCCGCUGGCUACGGUGAUAUGAUCCAACGCCUUUGGGAUCAAAUACCCAAAGUCACGCCAGAUGGAAAGAGACUUCAGAUGGUCGUCUGCUCAGCAACCCUUCAUUCUUUUGAAGUGAAGAAAUUGGCGGUCAGUUGA